GAACUUCACGUUAGACGUUAUUCAAAUUGCACUUUGAUUUUGCAACACAAAUCAUUUACACUUCAACUUGACCUUUGCUGCCACACACAUCUAUAUUUGGUGUAUGUAUAUUUAAAUGUAUGUGUAUUUAAAUUAAUUCAAGUGUGUGUGUGUGUGUUAGUGCGCGUUCCAUAUGUGUAUCGGUUACAGCUCGAUGCACGCUGUCGCUGCCUUUUUGGCAAUCAAGUCGUUCUGUUGUUGUAGCUGCUGUUUUGUUCUAGCUGGUGCUUUGCGUAGACCGCCGCCGCAUUGCCUGAGUUUGGUCAGUAAUCGUCAAACAACGCGCGCGUACGCAUUUUUCUAGUUCGAUACGUUUUUUGCCUGUAUUUUUCUUUUUAUUAGCUGACAUCAUUUGGCCGUUGGUCAGACUUGCUCUCUAGCGCUCUCCUUUUCUCUCUCUUCGUUUCACUGUUUCUCUAUGUAUGUGUGUGAGUGCGUUAAAUUGGUGUAUCAAAGCUAUUGUUAACAAACGGUUUCUCUUUUCUUUUGCUUUUCGUUCUCUUUUCGGCUUUUCAGUCAGUCUACCGUUAUGCCUGGCACGUCCUCAAAAGCUGCUCUUGCACAAACGAUCGCGCGCUUAGCGUGAACUGGAUCCGAGUACGUGUAACGCUUAACGUGUAACGUGUAACGUGUAACGGGUACCAAGCACAAUACUCGAUAUUUUAAGCUGCCAUCUGGCUAGCUUUACUCUACAACUUCCUUUUCUUGCCGCCGCUAUCUCCCAUUUCUUUCUCCGCCUGUCUCGCUCGCUCUCUCUCUAUCUCUCUUUCCUACGCUCACUGCUGUCUUUCUCUGUGCCUCAACAAUGUAUUCAGCGGUGCGCACCCACGACUACGAUUAUCCCGAAUCGGAAAUGGACGAGCGUGAGAGUCUCUACUUUGAUACGAUCUCGCUGGCCGAUUCGGAGGCAGCGGCAGCGGCGGCGCAUCGCAAGUCGCUAUCGCAGUCGCGUAAUACCAUUUACCACUCGGCGGUGGAUCUGGCUGGCGAUGAGACGCGCAACAAUUUGCGCAAUAGCGCCGCUACGGAUCAUAUGAGGCUCGCCUGGCAGCCGGGCUAUCGUCAAUCGACGGCGCUGGAGCAUCUAAAUGGUGCUGGUGCUGGCGCCGGCGGUGAUCAUACGGAUGCAGCCAUUGCUGCCCAGGUGCUGGCAUUGCAAAAUGGACGAACACAUCUGCCCACCGGCAUUGGCGUUGCCGGUGGCUAUGGCUACAGCAGAUCUGGCGCAGAUCUCGGCGGCGGCGGCGGCGGCGGCAACGAUGAUGAGACGUAUCGAAGCUUCGAGGAUGGACGCAGCGUGGACUUUGUCUUGGCCUACAACGGGGACGAUAAGAGCGCGACGGCGGUGGACAAACGUCGAUUCUUCGAGAAUAAUCUGAAGCGCGAGGGCCUACAGCUGGAGCUGUACAGCCAGCAAUGGGUGCACUUUAUGAAAUUGCAUGCGCCGAUGGAGGUGCUGUAUCGGUAUGCGGAAAUCCUAAAGAUCAAGAUGCCAAUGAAGGUCAUACCGGGCCAGGAGCAAAUCAUAGCCGAGAGCACGCGCGAACUGAAGUCCUGCUGGAGUCGCAUGUGCCGCAGCCUCUUCAGCUCGGUGCAGCUGAACAACGACGUGUUUCCCGAGCGCGGUCAGCGCAUCCACAUGGAAUUCGCUGUCAAAUACCUCAAGCUGUACGACACGGAGCAUCCCAACUAUUUUGAUGACAGCACACGGUAUUCGAUUAUCAAUUUCAUAAUGCAGCGCCAGCAUUUCGAGAAGGGCGACGAGACGGCUGAGAGUCGGGGCAUCGAGAAGCUCGUCGAGGACGGCGUCUAUUUGUGCGCCUAUGCGCUGCACGAUAAGGGCAAACGCGACGAUCUGCUCAAUGAGUGGGCCAAAAUUGGCAAUUGGAAGAAGCUUCAGCCACUGGACAACAUCAAGGACUAUUUCGGCGCCAAGGUGGCGCUCUACUAUGCCUGGCUGGGCUUCUAUACGCAGAUGCUAAUACCGAUUAGCAUACUGGGCAUAUUCUUCUUCUUGUACGGCUUCGUGACGUGGAGCAGUGAUCCGAUCAGCUAUGACAUCUGCAAUGGCAACGAAACGAUCAUGUGCCCGCAGUGCGAUCGCGGCUGCAAGUUCUGGCUACUAAACGAGACGUGCACUUCGUCGCAGUUCAACUAUUUGAUUGACAACAAGAUGACGAUGGUCUUCGCCUUUGUGAUGGCCAUUUGGGCCGUGGCCUACUUGGAGCUGUGGAAGCGAUAUUCGGCGGGUCUGGUGCAUCGCUGGGGCCUAACCGGUUUCAAUCAUCACGUGGAGCAUCCGCGCCCCCAAUAUCUGGCCAAGAUAAGCAAAUCGAAGAAGCUGCAGGACAAGCUUCAAGCAAAAAACGGCUUUGAUCCGGACGUGCCCUUCUGGAGCUUCAAGUUUCUGCCCAACUUUACGAGCUACAGCAUCGUGGUGUUGUUUAUGUGCAUAUCAGUGAUCGCCGUGGCAGCAAUCAUCAUUUAUCGCAUGGCACAGCGAGCCUCCAGCUCGAUCAUUGGCAGCGAGAACUCAAUGACCUACAAGAUAAUGGUAUUGCCAAUAACGGCCGGUUUCCUGGACCUAAUUGUCAUAUCCGUGCUGGACCUGGUCUAUAGCAAGCUAGCGAUUAGCCUAACCAAUUACGAAUACUGUCGCACCCAAACCGAAUACGAUGAGAGCCUCACCAUCAAGAACUAUGUGUUCCAAUUUGUCAACUAUUAUUCAUCGCUAUUCUAUAUAGCGUUCCUGAAGGGCAAGUUCGUCGGCUAUCCCUCGAAAUACAAUCGGAUAUUCAACUUUCGCCAGGAGGAAUGCAAUCCGGGUGGCUGCCUCAUGGAGCUCUGCAUGCAGCUGGUCAUCAUCAUGGUGGGCAAGCAGGCGGUGAAUGCCAUUGUCGAGAUGCUGAUACCAUAUCUGAUGCGCGUCUUCAAGGAGUUCAGUCAGCGCUACGACUUCUUCAAGCGGCGCAACGAGAAGACAGUGCCAUCGAUCAAUCAGUUUACCGAAGACUUCAAUCUGCUGCCAGUCGAAAACAAUUCAUUAUAUGCCGAAUAUCUGGAGAUGGUUGUGCAAUAUGGCUUCAUAACAUUGUUUAGCUUAGCAUUUCCCUUGGCGCCGCUAUUGGCGCUGAUUAAUAACGUGAUGGAGGUGCGUCUCGAUGCCAUCAAAAUGUUGCGCUUCAUACGACGCCCCGUGGGCAUGCGUGCCCACAACAUUGGCGUCUGGCAAAAUAUUAUGUCCGUCGUGACGCACAUCUCGGUCGCUUCUAGCGCCAUGAUAAUUGCAUUUAGCACAAACUUUAUACCGAAACUCGUUUACAAAGCUACCCACGAUGAUCCCGAGCUGGAUGGCUAUCUGAACUUUACGCUGGCUACAUUUUACACCAAGGACUAUAGGACGCAAUCGCUGCUGGAUUAUAGUAACGAGGCCAACGUAACGCUGUGCCACUAUAUUGAGUUCCGCAAUGAUCCCUGGGAGAACCCACCCUAUAAGCGGCCCAUGAUUUACUGGAAGAUCCUGACGGCCCGCCUGGCCUUCAUUGUCAUCUAUCAAAAUAUCAUAAGCAUGCUGCAGGGCAUUUUGCGUUGGGCUGUGCCCGAUGUGUCGGCCCGCCUGCUGAAGCGCAUCAAGCGCGAAAACUUUCUGCUGCGCGAGCGCAUCAUCGAGUACGAGAAGGAGCUGACGCAGUCGCUGGCCCAGCAGCAGGAGGAGUCGCUGCGCUUGCGUCUAAAUGGCAACAAUGCGACGACUCUUAACGACAAUGCAACAACUUAUGUCUAAGACUCAAUCAGCGGCAUGUCCAUAGUGUUUCUUGUUGUUAGCUGUUGUUGUUUGUAUUGCCGUUUGCCAGCGUUGCCAGCGUCAAGUCAAGUGCAUUUUAGUUGUUAAGCGUCGUAUUGUGAAUGAUUUACAUUUAUAGAUAAAAUAUAGCUUAUAUACUUUUGUAUAUAAUUAACGUCACAUGCAUUGAGUUCGCAACAACGUACUUAAAGUGUCAGCUGCUCAAAACAAUACACACGCUGUGAGCAAGUAAUUGCCCCAGCCUCCUUUCGUGCCCCCCAAAUACCACUAAAAAGCAAAACAAUCUUUCAGCCCCGCCCCACCCUGAAAACAGUAAAAACAGAAAAGAAAAUAAAAACUUUUAUGUAAAUUUGUAUAAAUGCCAAAAUGAAAA